AUGAUUUGUUUUGUUGAGCCAGAGUUGUCAUGUUUACAGAAAAAGGAUACUAGUAAGAAACCAAGUCCAUUGAGAAUCAAGAGAUCAACCUUUUCUCAAUCUGAAGCCUUUAACAAGGCAAAAGAAAUCCAGCAAAACCUAUCCCAAGAGCAUCCCAGCGUUAUUAAAUCCAUGCUACCUUCGCACGGCCUUCCUAAACGUUUUUGUGAGAUGCAUUUGCCCAAGGCUGAUACUAUGGUUGUUUUGGAAGACGAGAACGGAAGAGAAUAUGAAACAAAGUAUCUUAUAGAAAAGAUGGGCUUAAGUGGUGGUUGGAGAGGAUUCUCCAUAGCUCACAAUUUACUUGAAGGAGAUGUUUUAGUCUUUCAUUUAAUCGAGCCUUUGAAGUUCAAGGUAUACAUCAUAAGGUCUCAUAAUGGGUCAACUGAAGAAGGUCAUGUUCUUAGACUUCCAUACUUAGAUGGAAGCACGAAUCAACGUGAUUCUAAUGUUCAUCAAGAAGGCAAUCCAGAUGGUGGCAAGAUAAUAUGUGAUGCUAGCAUGCCACCAUCAAAUCAAUAUGAAAAUAACGAUCUAGAUGAAAACUUGGAUCUUGAGGUUUUAAAUGACAAUAGAAUCUCAAAAUCUCCUGUGACUUUCCAAAAUGUCACAAGCAUAGAAAAUUUUAGUAUUGUUGUUAAUGGCCUAGUACUUGAUUCAGAACUAUCUGAACACCUUAAGGCCAAGUACUAUAAGCUAUGCUGCAGUCAAGAAAUGUUUCUUCAUGAGAAUCUUCUUGAAAAUCAGAAUUGUCAGCUAGUUGUUGGAAUAAUUUGCGAAACCAUAAAUAUUGCUGAUGCUAUUAAAGCCAGCAAGAUCACAACCCCUUUAAAAGAUUUUGCUGUGUGGCAUAAAAGCUUGAAAGGUCUUGAAUGGUUUGGCAUGAAUGUUCGCUUCUUACUUGAUAAGUUGGAACAGCUCAUGGAUUUAGCUUCAAGAUUUGAGAGGCAUGCAAAGGCAAGAAGUGAACGAGACCAGGCUAAAGAGGAGAAGAAACUUCUUGAACUUAAGCUUAAAAAAGUAAAGGAGACCUUAAACAAACUUGAUAGUGAGCUUGACUCACACAAUAUGAACUUGGAGAGAUUGGAGGCUAAGUUUCAGGAUUUGGCUGAUACUGCAUGGUAA